UAGCCAUCGUGGUAGCCAUUCAGUUUGGAAUGUCUAAAUUAAUUUAAUUACAGAGAGUAUGUUAUCUGCCCUCUGUUUACCACGGAGAAAUAGUUUAACGAACAUACAAACAGAGAAUGCAAACUACAAACAAAAAUGCAAAUGCUCAUCCAUAAUUAUUCCAUAAUACUCGGCUGUCGGGGAGUCCGAAUUUACAGAGUCCAAAGUAAGAAGAAGUAAAUAGUAAAAGAAGACAUGUAUAACCUUGCUUGCUUAGAGCUGUCAAAAUUAAAAUGUUAUCAAUUUUUAGUGAACAUGACAAAUUUUUUUGUUUAUAAUUCAUAUUAAACCGUAACGGAAGCAUAAAAAGCAGGAGUAUGAAUAUAUAAGCAGGUAAUUAAAAUUUAUAAACAUCACAAAUAAAAAAAUGGAGUCAGAAAAGGUAACAAUGCUUCGGUAUCGAGGCUCAAAAUUAAGUAAAGUUAAGAAAUUGGAUAUGUUUCCCAAAGUUGAGGAACCUUUUAAAGAAACUUCGCCAGUAGGAGGAACUUUUUCCAUAAUUAGUUUUGUAAUUAUUCUGUGGUUGGUGUAUUCCGAAAUUAAUUAUUAUUUAGAUAGCAAGUUUGUUUUCAAAUUUUCACCAGAUAUUGAAUUAGAAGAACAGUUGAAAAUUAAUGUCGAUAUAACAAUUGCCAUGCCCUGCCAAUACAUAGGAGCUGAUAUAUUGGACUCCACUAAUCAAAAUACCUUCAAGUUUGGAACUUUAGAAGAGGAAGACACAUGGUUCGAGUUAGAUACAAACCAACAAAUUCAUUUUGACAAUAAAAAACACUUUAAUUCAUAUCUUCGAGAGGAGUAUCAUGCUGUAAAAGAUUUGCUGUGGAAGAGCAGUUUUUCAACCCACUUUGGAGAGCUUCCUCGAAGGACACAUCUUCCAAAUAAACCCCAUGAUGCUUGUAGGGUGUAUGGAACCCUGGUAUUAAAUAAAGUUGCUGGUAAUUUCCAUAUAACAGCUGGUAAAAGUUUGCACCUUCCUAGAGGACAUGUACACAUCAAUCCCUUUAUGUCUGAAAGAGACUAUAAUUUUUCUCAUAGAAUUAACAAAUUUAGUUUUGGGGAUCCUAGUCCUGGUAUUGUCCAUCCUUUAGAAGGAGAUGAACUUAUUGGUGAUUAUGGUAGGACCUUAUUCAACUAUUUCAUUGAAGUGGUGCCCACAAGGGUAAAUACAUUCCUGACAACUGUCAAUACAUACCAGUACAGUGUUAAAGCUCUAAGUAGGCCCAUAGAUCACAAUAAAGGUAGCCAUGGUAUACCUGGAUUAUUUUUCAAAUAUGACGUAUCGGCUUUGCGAGUAGCUGUGAAACAGGAAAGGGAUCAUUUGGGCACUUUCUUAGCUAGAUUGUGUUCAAUUAUAGGGGGAGUCUUUGUUUGUUCAGGUAUCAUUAAUGGAAUUGUACAAUCUAUUAUCAAUUGGAUUAAUAAGUUGUUAAAAGCAGGAAAUGUUCAGACAGUAACCAACAAAGCUUCAUUGGUUAAUAAUUCUCAAGCUAUUUCAUCAGAAAGCAUUAAAGUAUCAUAACAAUAAUUGAAUAUCCAAUAUUUUUUUUGUUAAAUUUGUAUUUGUGCAC